UUACUAGUUUUUGAACUCCAGCCUUGUGCCAAGCAUGCUGUACCUUUCUGGUCCAUUGUGAGCAGCUUCCUGGGCUCUCUUAAGUCCCCUCCCUGUGGCCCAGAGGGAGGGACCUGGGCUGUCUGGGAGAAGGACUUCCUGCUGGGAGGAGGUGUGAGCAGCCUGGCCUCCCGCAGGUUUUACUGGGACUUCACCAUGCUGCUGUUCAUGGUGGGAAACCUCAUCAUCAUCCCCGUGGGCAUCACCUUCUUCAAGGAUGAGACCACAGCGCCCUGGAUCGUGUUCAACGUGGUCUCGGACACCUUCUUCCUCAUGGACCUGGUGCUCAACUUCCGCACGGGCAUCGUGAUCGAGGACAACACGGAGAUCAUCCUGGACCCCGAGAAGAUCAAGAAGAAGUACCUGCGCACGUGGUUUGUGGUGGACUUCGUGUCCUCCAUCCCGGUGGACUACAUCUUCCUCAUCGUGGAGAAGGGCAUCGACUCCGAAGUCUACAAGACGGCGCGCGCCCUGCGCAUAGUGCGCUUCACCAAGAUCCUCAGUUUGCUGAGGCUGCUGCGCCUGUCGCGGCUCAUCCGCUACAUCCACCAGUGGGAGGAGAUCUUCCACAUGACCUAUGACCUGGCGAGCGCAGUCAUGCGCAUCUGCAACCUCAUCAGCAUGAUGCUCCUGCUGUGCCACUGGGACGGCUGCCUGCAGUUCCUGGUGCCCAUGCUGCAGGACUUCCCCAGCAACUGCUGGGUCUCCAUCAACAACAUGGUGAACCACUCAUGGAGCGAGCUCUACUCCUUCGCGCUCUUCAAGGCCAUGAGCCACAUGCUGUGCAUCGGGUAUGGGAAGCAGGCGCCUGAGAGCAUGACCGACAUCUGGCUCACCAUGCUCAGCAUGAUAGUGGGUGCCACGUGCUACGCCAUGUUCAUCGGCCACGCCACCGCCCUCAUCCAGUCGCUGGACUCCUCCCGGCGCCAGUACCAGGAGAAGUACAAGCAAGUGGAGCAGUACAUGUCCUUCCACAAGCUGCCCGCCGACUUCCGCCAGAAGAUCCACGACUACUACGAGCACCGCUACCAGGGCAAGAUGUUCGACGAAGACAGCAUCCUGGGCGAGCUGAACGGGCCGCUGAGGGAGGAGAUUGUCAACUUCAACUGCCGCAAGCUGGUGGCCUCUAUGCCGCUGUUCGCCAAUGCUGACCCCAACUUCGUCACGGCCAUGCUGACCAAGCUCAAGUUCGAGGUCUUCCAGCCAGGCGACUACAUCAUCCGCGAAGGCACCAUCGGCAAGAAGAUGUACUUCAUCCAGCAUGGCGUGGUCAGCGUGCUCACCAAGGGCAACAAAGAGAUGAAACUGUCAGACGGCUCCUACUUCGGGGAGAUCUGCCUGCUCACGCGGGGCAGGCGCACCGCCAGCGUGCGCGCCGACACCUACUGCCGCCUCUACUCACUCAGCGUGGACAACUUCAACGAGGUGCUGGAGGAGUACCCCAUGAUGCGGCGCGCCUUCGAGACGGUGGCCAUCGACCGCCUGGACCGCAUUGGCAAGAAGAACUCCAUCUUGUUGCACAAGGUGCAGCACGACCUGAGCUCAGGCGUGUUCAACAACCAGGAGAACGCGAUCAUCCAGGAGAUCGUCAAGUACGACCGCGAGAUGGUGCAGCAGGCGGAGCUGGGCCAGCGCGUGGGCCUCUUCCCGCCCCCACCGCCUCCGCAGGUCACCUCUGCCAUCGCCACGCUGCAGCAGGCGGUGGCCAUGAGCUUCUGCCCCCAGGUGGCGCGGCCACUG